AUGCUAGUGUGUGUGUUUCUAACUGAUGGAGGUUUUUUCUUGCCUUCAGGAAUUUGUGAGCAGUCUCCACCCAAUGCCUUGCUAGCGGACCUGGAGUCCACCACCUCGCAUAUCUCCAAACGGCCAGUGUUCCUGUCAGAAGAGACCCCUUAUUCCUACCCAACUGGAAACCAUACGUACCAGGAGAUUACAGUGCCACCCCCUGUACCACCACCUCCUUCUAGUGAGGCCCUGAAUGGGACUGUGAUUGACCCUUUAGACCAGUGGCAACCCACUACCUCCAGAUAUAUCCACCAGCAGCCUCAGUCCCAGUCUCCUGUGUACAGCUCUGCUGUCAAAAGCUCCAGUGCUUCUGUUCCCAGAGAGAGCAUCAGCUCUCCUUCCUCCCGUGCCAGUGAAGAGGAGCACGUCUACAGUUUUCCCAACAAGCAGAAGUCUGCAGAACCAUCUCCCACCAUGACAAGCUCCUCACUGGGCAGCAACCUCUCAGAACUGGACCGACUGCUUCUGGAACUGAAUGCGGUGCAGCACAAUCCCCCUAGUAGUUUCCCAGCAGAUGAAACCAACAGGAGUUCCUCACUGCCUAGUGUGACUGGACCUCACUAUGUCAUCCCUGAAACCAGUAGCUCUUUGGCAGUGAAGGCAGCACCUCCUACAAAAGAGAAGCCAAAGCGGAAUGGAGGGCGAGGUAUUGAGGAUGUGCGUCCCAGUGUGGAGAGCCUUUUGGAUGAACUGGAAAGCUCUGUGCCAACUCCAGUCCCUGCAAUCACUGUGAACCAGGGUGAGAUGACCAGCCCACAGCGGGUCACCUCUAGCCAGCAGCAGACUCGCAUAUCUGCUUCUUCAGCCACACGAGAACUGGAUGAGUUGAUGGCAUCCCUCUCUGAUUUCAAGUUCAUGGCUCAGGGGAAAGCUGGGGGUGGCUCCCCUCCAUCUGCACUCCCCAAACCAGGCAGCCAGUUGGACACCAUGUUGGGAAGCCUCCAGUCUGACCUGAACAAACUGGGAGUAGCGACUGUUGCCAAAGGUGUUUGUGGAGCCUGCAAGAAGCCUAUUGCUGGACAGGUUGUCACAGCCAUGGGGAAAACCUGGCACCCAGAGCACUUCGUCUGCACCCACUGCCAGGAGGAGAUUGGGUCGCGGAACUUCUUUGAGCGUGAUGGUCAGCCCUACUGUGAGAAGGACUAUCAUAACCUCUUCUCCCCUCGCUGCUACUACUGCAACGGCCCCAUCCUUGAUAAAGUGGUGACCGCUUUGGACAGGACUUGGCACCCAGAACACUUCUUUUGUGCACAGUGUGGAGCUUUUUUUGGACCUGAAGGAUUUCAUGAGAAGGAUGGCAAAGCUUAUUGCCGCAAGGAUUACUUUGACAUGUUCGCUCCUAAGUGUGGAGGCUGUGCCCGGGCCAUCCUGGAAAACUAUAUCUCUGCCUUGAAUACUCUCUGGCACCCUGAGUGCUUUGUCUGUCGGGAAUGUUUCACGCCAUUCAUCAAUGGCAGCUUCUUUGAGCACGAUGGGCAGCCCUACUGUGAGGUGCAUUACCACGAACGCCGUGGCUCGCUGUGCUCUGGCUGCCAGAAGCCCAUCACCGGACGCUGCAUCACUGCAAUGGGCAAGAAAUUUCACCCAGAACACUUUGUCUGUGCCUUCUGCCUCAAGCAGCUCAACAAAGGAACCUUCAAGGAACAGAACGACAAGCCGUACUGUCAGAACUGCUUCCUCAAACUCUUCUGUUAGAGCCAUCAUAGACGGGGACCUGAGCAUCUUUCUGUCAGCCACUAGGCAGUCCAGUCUCUCUGAACAUUACUGUGAUUUAAAAACCUUGCUUGGGGGUGGGGGUGGGGGGGCAAGGGUAUGCUCAGUGCUGCUAGACAGGCAGUAGAUCCAGAGAGACAAGAAGGACCAUUAAACUGGAAAUAGCCUUGCUGUGUAUUUCAGCAGGGAGAUGCUGAGACCUGUCAUGAAAGCUUGUGUGAUUGUUGACAGCUGAGGUGAGCCUGAAGGCUUUGGCAAGGAGACUCCUUUCUCCAGGAGGGGGCUGGGUCAAGCUAUGUGAGCACAGUCCAGCCUUGUCAGCUCUCUGACAGCCAAAAUGCAACGCUUCCCAACAGUGCGUUUGUUCCUUUGGUGACAUUUCCCCUCUUUCUCUCUCUCUGGGACUUUUGAAUACUGUGCAACCUGAGCAAUAGCUGCACAGCAAGGGCUGUGCUGUGACCUCUGUGCUGCCCUGGCAGUGCUCAGUGGAACACACAGGAUCUAGGCAUCUUGGAGUGUUGGCCCAGGCAGCCUUAAAGACCCUGCAGUGAUGUCCCUUCUGGUCCCAUAACACUGCAGGGAAUUGAUGCCACUUGUUUUUCUUAAAGGGGUUGCUCUAUUUUCUAGUUUCUAUCAUUUUUCCCUCUCCUCAGCAUGCUGGAGCAGGACGUGUGUGGAGAAACCCUUCCCUGCUCCCCCAGCCUUUGGCGGGAGUGUCACAGCCUGUAUUCUGUGCUGUGCUGUGCUGUGCAUCCUGCACUCCCCAUGAUUGCAGAGGGCAUAUGCUCCCCAAGUUUGCUGCUCCCAGAAGAAAGGAACAGGCUGGUAGCAACUAAUUAUUAAGAGCAUGCAGAGAAGUGGGAGGGCUUGACCCUUCCACUCCCUGGUGUGAGUGUGGCUUGUGUGGUGAAUUUGGCCUGAAGCUUGCUAAGUGAAAAGCCUCUCUGGUUCUUUUUUUCUUUCUUUUUUUUUUUAAAGAGGCUAGCAAAAAACAAAGAGACUUUGGAGCCUUUAUUUUUCCUCUCUGCUGUUUGCUGAUCAGGCCUGUCAGCCCUCCUUGAUACCUUCCUUUUCCUUGCUCUGAAACUAUGUUCUACUGAGAGAUGCUAGAGCAAUAAUCUUUUAUAUUGACUGUUACUGGUAUAACAAGUCCCUUGGGUCUGGUGUGCGUGACACACUUGGCAUUUUGCUAUCAACCUGAAUACUGUAUCCUGUCUUUGAUAAGAACUGUAGGUUUCUACACUGAGGUUUGAAUUCAUAUCUGAUUUACUUUUAAUCCUCUUAUACAGAAAUUGGUUUUGAAGUGAUUUUAAGAAAGCAGCUUUUAUAUCUCACUGUACUAUUUCAGCCAGUGCAUCAGUUGUGCUGGUUUACUGUGUCUUUAACCUCAAUGCUUUGUUAAAGCUGACUAUUAACAUUAAGUAUUUUCUUUUUAUUGGGAGUUGGGAGGGAUCUGGAAUUUGUGGGGAAGGGAAUGUGACUUAUUUUUUUCCAGCACAAGCCAAUGAUCUGUGAAUAGCUUUUUUUUUUUUUUUUUUUCCCUUCAUGGAUCACCUGGAAUGAUUUUUUUUUUCGUAACCUGUAAACUGCUGUAUUUGAAUGACCUGCUUUUCUCCUCAAGCCUACUUUCCAGGAAGCAAAUGUGAGUCUUAAUUCAGUGCUGCAUACUGCAGAGUGGGAUAGCUCAAAGCUUCACCUUGAGAGUUUCCCUUCUCUUCAGCCAUCAGCAAUCAGAGUGAAGGGUGAGUCCUGCCCACAUGAGGAAAGGCCAGCCUUAUGGCUAAAUGCAUAGGACCAGGAAUCAGGAGAUCUGAAAUCUGUUCUUGACGAGCUAUAUUGUUUUGGGCCUGUCGGCUAAUCUCUCUGGGUUUUGAUUUCCCCAUCUAGAAAAUGGGGACAGUGAUCCCCUGUCUCAUGGGGUUGUUGUGAGGCUCAAUUCAUAUUUGCAACAGCGCUUUUACACCCACAACCUUAGAUGGAGGGUGAUAUAGAAAGGUAAAAAGUAUUACAUAAAAAACGCUGCAGUGUUCUACAAUAAUAGCCAAAGCAGCAGAAAUAAACAGAGUGUUUUGUAGCAUUACUCUAGAAAGCUGGAGUGUGUUUAUUAUUAAGGUGUAUAACAUUAAGAUGGUUAGUUUUGAACUUGGAAAAGGCACAGAAAGUUUUGAGAUUUGACUGUGUAAGAAACAAACCCUUGUUUUAAUAGAGAGGUCCUCACUUCCUAUUUCAAGUAACCUUCUCUCAGUGCUUCACUAUCUUGCUUGAAUAACUGGGUCUGUUUCUCACUGGUUUCCCAUAUAAGUGAGCCUCAGUUUGUGGUUGUGAAAGCAAUGGGGUUUGAGGAACAAGUGGUAGAACUAAAAGAUACUCCAGCUGGGCUGAACACAGCUUUUGGAAAGUUCACAAGGCAGGACACAAUAAGUAAAUUGUUUUCUUUUUGAAGUUAGGUUGACUUGAAAUGGGGAUUUCUGAGCUUUCUUUGUGGCCAUGUUGCUGAAACUGACACUUGUUCUGACCUGCCUGGGAGGGGGAAUAUCCUUGUGGCCAGAGCACUGGACUGGAAAUCAGGAGAUCAAGGUUCUGUUUCUGGCUCUGCCAGUUUUUCUGUGAUGCUCUGUGUAGCCUCUCUGUGCCUCAGUUUCCCUAUCUGUAAAAUAGGGGUAAUAAUACUUAACCUACCUCACAGGGGUGUUGAGGCUCAGUUCACAUUUAUUUUUCUGAAGUGCUUCGAGAACCUUGGAUGGAAGCUGCUACAGAAAGGGAAAGUGAUGCUGCAGUAUGCCAUGUCAGCAAAGCAAAAAGGUUUCAUACACACUUCCUUUAAUAAAGGUUUAACAGUCUCCCACAAACAUUAUUGGCUAAGUAAAAAUUUGAGAGCUUUUCCUGGGAUUUAAACUGGUUUGUGCUCUUCCAUAUUGGGAUGCUGUGUUCAUGGUUAUCACCAAGUGUCAUUUUCCCUUAAGAUAUCUGCUGCCAGUAGGAGGGCCAGAAAUGCCCAUUUUUAGUAAUAAUUUCAGUGCAGUUUAGAGUGGAACAUUCAAGAUGCUGCAUGGAGCAAACUGAAAAGAUCUAUGUGCUAGGAUUGCCCCAGGAUGAUUGGCAGUAUCUAGCAAGUGUACACCUGCUAGAUGCUGAUAGUGUUAGAGGGAGAACCAGCAAGUUGUAGUGAUGUGCUGUUGCAGUUACUAGGACAUGAGGGGGUGGGUUUUGGAGAGGGUAGGCAAGUAUGUGCCUUUGGAAGGCUGCAAGAUGAUGUUGUCCAGGGCUUAAACUGAAUACAGCAAGGUGUACACAGUACACAUCCUCUCAGAGAAGCAAAGGAUCUGCAAGUGGGAAGGGUUUUGGAGCUCCACGCUCAAGGCAAGUUAAGCUCAGACACAGCACUGUUUCUUUGGAAGGUGGGUUUUUUUGGGUUUUUUUUAGGGUUACCAUAACUUUCUCUUUAAAGGCAUUAGUGCUCUGUUUACAGCGAUCUCCUAACCUGAUGAACUCUUGCAUUACAACCAGAGAGCUAUCAGGAUAGGCAGGUCUCAGUCAAAUCAUGUCCUGACUGGUUUGGGGGAAUUUCCCCUCUGGGUCGACAGUUAUCUGUUUUUUUUUUCCCCUUUGUAAACUUCUAACUCUGCUUUUUCCAUUUAAAAUUCCUGCAAUUAUGCUAAUAAAAUUUUUACCAUUAUUUUCA